CUCAGACAUCCUGAUUUCACUGACUGCAGGGAGAAAAUAUUGAGGGGACCAUUAAAGGCAUUUAUUGAAUGUAGAGCUGAGUCCAGCUGUAAAAAGUAAAUGUGUAUUUUACCUUGAGUAUUUUAUUUUGAUACAGUUUUCUUUCAGAGGGAGGUCUGGUACUUUUUACAGCACCACAUGAGUUUCUGUCACAGCUACAGAUACUCCACAGAGACAGAGUCGCAUAUCUGACACUGAGUCUCUGUUGGGCAGGAAAAGACUCCAUGUUUGUUUGUGAGUUUUCCUCAGAGCAGGUACACACAGAGAAACAUGUCCAGGAUCUGUAUUCACAAACUGUCUUCAUACUAAAAGUUUCUGUGAAAUUCUCAUAAAAAAUGUUAACAGACCUCAGGCGAAAACCUGCUAGGAGUAAUAAUGAGGAUGACUUUAAGAGUGUGAGGGGUGUUUGUUAGACAAGAAAAUGGUGGAAAGACAAACUGUGUGGUGCUGAAGAACAGCACAACAACACUUUUUACUUCCUCCAUCUGAGGAAGUAGAAAUUAAUAAGUUUGAAUUCAGACAUCACUGAAGUUUAUUUUAAUCCACGAGAAAACCACUGCCUUUGUUCUUUAUCUGAACAUAUGUGACCUUUUAUGAUUCCAUCUUUAUUACACUGUUUUUACAAAUGCAACACUUCAUGUUCCUGUUUCAAACAAAAGCGCUCUGCUUUAUUGGACAGAACACCAUUUAUUAAUCAUGCUUUUAUUGUUAAACACUGCAGCAACUCAAUGUAAAAAAACCAAAAAAACAAAACAAGCAAAAACUCUGAUAUAUAGUAGAAAAAAUACAAUAUGUAUCCCUGGCUGAGAUUUCAUGCUCUGAAAGCUCAUAACCCUUCAUGUUAACAGACGACCACUGGAAAAGAAAUGGAAAACCUAUCAAAAGUAUUAAAUAUAUACAAAAAAAUAAAAAAUAAAACCAGUGAUAAACUCAUCAUGUGAGAUUAUUACUGUACAUAUAGCUCUUUAGUUUAUAGAGCAAAGAUAUUUAUUCUGUCCAUUUUCACUAAGAUCACAUUUUUUUUAUUAUGCAGUCACACAUUUAUAAAGCUUCAUAUCUACCAACGGGGUCGUCCUCACAGUUUUAAAGUUUCAUCCCUUCCUGCUCAGAGUCUCUAAAGCUGGGGGUCCUGACUGAUGUUCAUUAGGAGGUCUGAGAGGAUUUACAGGAUGAAUACAGGAUGUGAUCUUUGCUCUGUGACACGACAUGAAAGAGCUGAGAAGUCUCCCUGACCUUAGUUUGAUUUACAAUCCAAAGCAAAAGGUCAGAGGUCAAGUGGGUCAUCAGACUGUGCAGAGGAAACCUUUCUACACACCACAAAGGAAAAUCUAUAAAAUGGCACAGAGUUCAUUAUAUUUAAUGAACAAGCUUAGAACAAAUGCCUUUUUAUUCAUCCAACACUUUGACAGGAAUGAAUCACGGAUGAGACAGAUCGUGAGAGAGUUUCAGAGCAUGUCUAAUGAAGUAAAAGAAAUGCAAGGAAAAACUGACACAGCAAGAAAAGUGGGAGCUGUUACUGGAGGAAUCGGAACAGGAGCCAUCUUAGGUGGGCUCAUGUUAGCUCCAUUCACUGGAGGACUGAGUUUAGCUGUAGCUGGUGUUGGAGCUGCUACUGCUGUUGGAGGUGGAGCUACUGUUGUUGGAUCCAACAUAACAAAAAUGUGGUCGGAGAGUAGACGUGCAGAGAAAGUAGAAAUGUGGGGAGAAGAAUUUAUGAAAAAAGUUGAACCAAUGAAAAAGAAUCUGGAGGACAUAAAGAUGACGUGUGAAGACUUGGAGAAAAAAUCAGCUGAAGCUCAGGCUGAAAACACUGUGACUGAUGUGGAGGAGCUUCAGAGGACCCUCAGACGAGUGCCUCGCCUAAAAGAGAUGAGUUCAGGGCUUCUGUUUGAAACUGAAACCCUGCUGUCCUUUGUGGAUGGGCUGGUAAAGCUCAUCAAGCAAAUCUUCAGAUUCACUGCAACCCCUGAAGAGGAUAAAAAGUUAAGAGACAUCAUUAUCAACUCGGCUGAUCAGAGUCAGAAGAUCAUUGAGGGGUUUGAUAAGAUGAGAACAGAACUGAGAAAGUUUAAAAGAAAUGAAAGAAAGUAGAAAAGUCACCUCCACCCCUCCUCCUCCACCCUGUGAGCCUGUACUGUUCACACUAACAAAUAAUGUUUUAUGAAUACAGGAUCAUCAGACUGUGACCUGGACUGUAUGAAGGACUUGUGUAGUUUGAGUCUGAAGCUUCCUCAUGUCCUCCGUUCACAGACUGGAUGUUGUUGUAUAUCCAUGUAAAGCUGACCCACAGCAGCAUGAUGUCACAGAAGGUAACAGAGGUCAUAUAAAGAGGGUCCAUGUUCUCUGCUGAUUUCCAACAUUUGACUGUUUUUACUCCACAUUAACCUGAACUCUGAGAGACUCGCCGACUUUCUUUGUCCUGGCUGGAAAAUGUUUUUCAUUCAUGAGCUAAAAAGAUGAUUUCAUUAAUUUGGACAAACUCUGAUUAUAAAAUAAACCCGAGAAACUUCUUGAGCCCAGAAAUGAGCAACAAAAACUACCUGGUGGGAAAUUAUAAAUACAUCGUUAAAAUCACCUUCACAUGGAUUUAAAAAUAUACAUUAAAUGUUCAAAUGCUUUAGUAUGUGAAUAUAUGUUUGUGUAAAAUGCUGAUAAAGAACUGAAAGUGUGCUCAUCUACAAAUGUAUACAAAUAUUUGCAGAGUUCAACAUGUCUGAUAUACGCCCACCACCUUUCUUACCUUUAGACUGGUUUAUGAUGGGAUUUUAUGGUGUUUUAUUUAUUUUUUCUCUUCCGCGUGAAGCAGAGCUUUAGGAAUAAAAAAAAUAAUGAUGUUCAUGUUCCACACAGGAGUUUCAUGAACAGCCUCUGGGUGUUUCAUGUGGUUCAGUUCUGAUGAACGUUUUUAUU